UGUGAUGUAUCCUGCAGUCAUGCUUUCAUAGGUUAUCCAUUUUUGUAAAUGCUGUCUAUGUUGUGAAUUGUGAUUAUUAUGGUCUUUUGAUGGGCUGUCUUUUUCAGAUUCUAAUUGUUCAUGGAGUUCAAGCAAACAUGAAUCACUUUAUAUAUGUCUUAAUGUUAUACUUGCAUCAAUGGAAACUAGUGAUAUCACAUAAUCCAGGUCAAGACAACGCCAGCGAUACCAUCCAAAAUUCAGCCAUUAUAGAUUUGAGGGUUAUAUACAACACCAGUCAAAGUUUUCAGCCAUCCAAGCAGGGAUAUGUGCUUGGUGUUCAGUUUGAAUACCAUAGGAAGAACUACAUACUAGACCUUUGGCAUAACAGCUACGUAGAAGGAACCAUGCUUAGAUACAAGAAAAAUGGUGCAUAUGUAAAGGAACAUCCCAUGCCACCUGACCGGGACCGGUGCCUGUACACGGGCUCAGUGCGCGGUACUGGCGGAUCCUCGGUAGCCGUAUCCACCUGUGACGGCGUCAUCAGCGCGGUUAUAUCGGAGCCGGGCCGGACGCUGGUGCUCAGCCCGGCGGCCGGAGGACGGUACCUGCUGGAGGCCACGGAAGGGCCGGCACUGACCGCUGGCCAGCAGAGGAGGCCGCGCCGCCGCGCCGCCCGCCGGCGACGGCGCGAGGCGACACCCCUCCGCCGGCCGCUGCGCGCCCGGCCCAACUCCCUCUACCUGGAGCUGGUGCUGGCGGUAGAUCACGAGAUCUACCGCCGCAGCGGCUACGACCUCAGCGCUGUGCACCGGCACGCCAGGCAGCUCGCCAACAUCGUGCACUCGAUAUUCGCGCCGCUGGACAUAUUCGUGGCGCUGGUCGGCGUCGACGUGUGGUCGGAGGGGGACCAGAUCACCCUCUCUGCCAACGCUGACGACACGCUCACGAACUUUUUGUUCUACCGCCGCGAGCGACUGGCCAGCGAGAUCCCCAACGACAACGCCCAGCUGAUCACCGCCACCAAGUUCGAGGGCGGCGUCGUGGGAAAGGCGCGCGACCACGUCAUGUGCACGUCCGACAAGAGCGGCGGAGUCAGCACCGAUCGCACCAUGGAGAUGUCCCGGCUGGCGGUGCUGGCGUCGACCGUGGCCCACGAGAUGGGCCACAAUUUGGGCCUCCAACACGACACCCCUGCGUGCGAGUGUCCCGCUCGUGACGAUCGCUGCGUCAUGUACGCCGCCUCCACCAGCUCGGUUGGCCCCACGCAGUGGAGCUCCUGCAGUAGGGAGCAGCUGAAGCGGGCGCUGAAACACGGCCUGGGCCACUGCCUGCACGACAUUCCAACAGAACCUCUGUCCUCGGGCUCUGUGUGCGGUAACGGCUUCCUGGAGCCGGGGGAAGAGUGUGACUGCGGCCUGCCGGGGGACUGCACCACCCCCUGCUGUGACCCCCUCACGUGCCGGCUGAGACGAAACGGCACCUGUGCUGGCGGCGCCUGCUGCGACCCGCAGACGUGUCAGCCGCGUGCCGCCGGCUCGCCCUGUCGACCAGCUCGUGGCGAGUGUGACCUGCCCGAGUUUUGCACGGGCGAAUCGAAUCGCUGUCCCGGCGACGUCCACAAACUGAACGGGCUCUCCUGCGGCUCCGAAAAGGCUUACUGCUAUGACGGCCAGUGCUCCGACCGGGACGACCAGUGCCGGCUGCUCUGGGGUCCCUCGGGGAACAGCUCCGUGGAUCAGUGCUACCACCAGAACGGCGAGGGCAACCACCUGGGCGACUGCGGCUUCGACUGGCACACCGGGGUCCACACGGCCUGCAGACACAAUGACGCGCUUUGCGGCCGCCUCCACUGCGUCCACCUGAACGAGCGCCUGGAAUACGGCGUCGAGUCGUCGGCCAAGCUGAACGUCUCCUAUGUCAAGGCGGCCGGGAAGGUACAGACGUGCCGCACAGCCAUCGUCGACCUGGGUCUGAGACAGCGUGACCCGGGCCUGGUGCCUCAGGGCGCUCCCUGCGGACCCGACAAGAUGUGCGUGGACCAGCGGUGUGUGUCCGUCAGCUCAGUGACGGUGGGUAUGUGUCCGGACGGCUGCUCCGGCCGCGGAGUCUGCAACUCCCGCGGCAACUGUCACUGCCAGCCCGGCUGGGCGCCGCCCAACUGUACCGAGCCGGGCACCGGCGGCAGCGUCGACAGUGGCCCCUAUAUACAGAGUGACGCGGUGGACCACACCACCACCGUUAUUCUGUGCAUCUUCGUGCUGCUGGUGCUGGCUGUGGCAAUCGCUGCGUACUUCUGCUGCCGCCGCCGCGAUCUGUCGCCGCUGCAGCUGCUGCCCAGCUGCGCCGGCUGCUGUCGGUUGCCCAGCUGUCAGCUGCCGAACCGCGCCAGCAUCCGGCUGCCUAGCUGUCCAACCCUGCCCGGUCUGACAGCUCUGAGACGGAAGCUGCCGACCGCCGGUGGCAGAGCCGCAGGUGGUGGCGGCGGCGGCGGCGAGGCUCGCUCGGUGCGCCGGGCCGCUACCGCCACCGACGGCCCGCCUGAGCAGAUGGCCCCCGUGCGGGUGCCGUUGAUGAUGCUGAGGGAGGAGGGCGAGGACCUGCAGCCGGACACCGGGGGCGCGCCGGCCCGGCCGCCGCCGCCCGCCAGCGUCCCCGCCUCCUCAAACAGUGGUCGGGGCGCUAACACAUCGGGACGGGGGAGCCUCCUGAAUCGGCCGGGAGCAGCUGCGCAGGGGGCGGAGAAACAUACCGACAAGCAGGUCUGCAAGGUGGAGCCAAGCACUAAGCCCUCAGCUGCACAGCGCUCUGGCGCCUCGACCACCAGCCCUAGCCGCCAGACGACCGGCAGCGGCUCUGGCAUUCAGAAAGUGGUGGCCGACGCGCUGAAGUCCUCACAGCAGCCGCGAACCACGUUCGGAAUGGUCGACAAACAACAGACCAAAGCGGACGUGAACUCGGUCCGGGCCGCCGGCUCCGGCAGUCGGACCACGUUCGGGAUGUGCCGGCCGGACGGCGGUAAGGCGGCGGAGGUCCGGGCGGCAGGCCCCUCUGUGACGGCCGGCGGCUGGUCGGGGCCGGCGGCCGGCCCCCAGUCCACCACCGAUGCGCGUGCCGCCUUCCUGUCGCGCGGAGCGGCCGGUCCGCCGCGGCCGACCGGCCCGCCGCCGACCCGCGCCGUCACCGGACAGGUGAAGGCUGCCGCGGGCCGACUGCAGGACAAACCGGCGGCCGGUGCGGGCGAGCCGCCGGCGCCGGCCCAGCCGCUGGCGCAGAGGUACGCCAACGUUCCCAAUACCAAGGCGACGGCGGGGACUGACACCAAGCCGGUGAACGGCGGAAUGGAUAGAAAGUACGCUAAUAUUCCGGAACCCUCGCCGGCGCCAGGACAGAAGGCAGCGGCGACGAAUAUGGGAAAGGCAGCAGACUCGGGCUCCCGGAUGCCAAAUAUCCGCUCACUGCUGGAGAGCGGUUUCUGGCGGGACGAGAAGCCGGUCUCGCAGGAGAAGCCGACGGCGGCCGCCGAGCGGAUCCCCCUGGUGCAGCGCUCGGAGUCGGUGCCGGCCGCGCCGGCGCCGCCGGCCGUGCCCCAGGUGCGGUUCGCUCCAGUGAGCCGCACCGACUCGGCGCCGGCCAGCCCGCGACCGUCCGGCCCGGACAGCCGCUCUUCAACCCUGGAGUCGGAGCGCGGCUCGACCCUGGAGCGGGACGGCUCGUCCUCCGGCGGAGCCGGGUCGCGUUCCUCCACCCUCUCCCGUGUGGCCAGCGUGUUCCGGCGGGGUGAUAAGGCCCCGGACUCUCCCCCCGCCGCCGCCGAGUCGUCCCUCCGUCCCAGCCAGAGCUUUAAGGCGGCCAAACUGGACCGGGACAAGGUGCGCAGUCUGGGCAUCUCCAACCCGAUCCCGCAGCCGAUCGGCCAGUUCAGCACGCUGCCGACGUCCCCGGGCGGCCGGCGAGGUCAGCGGCCCCCAGUGAGGACCAGCUCGGACGUGGGACGGCCGCUGCGGCCGGCCAGUCUGCUGGUGCGGCCCAGCGAGCCGCCGCCGCGGCCGCCCAACGCCGCAGAGCUGUAUGACGACUGCAAUAUGGACACGGUCGGCGGCGUGACGCCGACGGAUAACCUGUACUGCACCAUUGACGAGGUACAGGGAGCGCCCGUCGAGGAGCGACCGCGACCGAGGAGCAUGCUGGAGCCGGGUGUGGGGCAGGACGGCACGCGUCUGUAUCAGAACACGGCUCCGUGGCGGUCGGUGGGCUCCAGACAGCCGACCGUGAGUCGCGUCUCCUCUGCAGCCGGCCGCACCGAUAAGGCCUGGUUGCCGAUCGUCGAGGAGAGACCGGUGGUGGAGCAGAAGCCCAAUCGCACUGCCGAGACGCAGCCCUCAGCGGCGGAUCCGACGGCGGUCGGCGGCAGCGGUCCGACUGGCUACCAGUCGCGGCGGCCGCUCCCGUGGGCGGCUAAAUUCACCGCGAACCCGAGCCCAUCGUCGAGCCCGCUGGCGCCGACAUUCUCCCGUCCCCUGUCGGCCAGCGUCUCUGCUCAGAAACCGACGGCGACCGUAGCGCCGGCCAGCCAGCAGCGGCCCGCGACAGAACCCGACAAAAUAAUCCCCGAGUACGCCAAACCGACGCCCCGGUCGGCCGCUGCCUCUACUAGUGCUUCCACUGCUACCACCGCUUCUGUUUCCCUCUCUUCCACCGCCUCUACCGACUCUACCGCCCUCUCUACCACCGCCUCUACCGCCCCGGCACCAGCCGUCAGCGGCGGUACUACUAUCGGCAGCUCUGCCAAGCAGUCCCAGCCCGCCAAGCAGACCGGUGGCUCACAGAAAGCUAGCAACGAGUCGCCAGCCUCCGUCCGCUCUGUGAAAUCAACGACGUCUGCAAAGUCUGCCGCGUCUUCCUCAUCAGCACCAAAGAAACCCGCUUCUGCUACGUCCUCAAAGCAGCCUGCUUCAUCGGCACUAACCUCCAAACAGACCCCAUCCUCGCAGUUCUCCAAACCAGCCGGCCAGUCCUCGAAGAGGGCCGCCGCUCCGUCGUCGUCCUCCCGUCCCGGCUCGCUGUCUGCCGCGUCCUCCCAGCAGUCCAUGUCCUCCACAACGUCCUCGCGUUCCAACGUCAACUCUCCGUCCUCGGAGCGCAGUGACGGCGCGCCGGGCGCCAAGACCGGCACAACGGCCAAGAAAACCGGCACGGCGGCGGCAAAGAAGGCCGGAAAGGCGGCGGCGGGCGGCGCGGCCGGGACGAAGGCAGCCGGUGGCGCUGCAGGGAAAAAGACAGCACUGGGAGGCCGGCCGGCCGGUCCAGCCGGAGACUCCGCAGAAAAGACGGGUGGGAAGACGGGCUCGGCGGCGGCGGCGGCGGCCAAAUCUCCCCCCAGCGCGGGGAAGACGGGAGGGAAGGAGGGCGCAGCGGCCAGGGUGGGCCCGGCGCCCACCAAGGCCUCGGCAGCCCGCGCCGCCGCCGCCGCGGCCAAAGUCAGCGCAGCCGCAGCCAAAAACUCGGCGUCGUCGCGGCCGGGCGGCGCCAGGCCGGCGACCAAGUCGUAGCGCCUGUCGCGGACGCUGUUUGUUAGACUCUGUCCUGCUGGGUGUGGUACGGCGCGGUACUUCGUUGGAAUCCGGCGGUACCCGCGGUACUCACUCUGCAGUACUCUGCGUGCCUUGCAGUACCGUCACGGUGUCUUCUCCGGCGGGUGGGGCCGCCGCGGACCGCGCUGCCUCCAUACCGUGCCCGGCGACCCUCCGACUGUGACUCCGCGGACCGCCGGACGGUCGUGUGGUGGGGUACCCCGCAGUACGCGCAAACGGUGGGCGCUGCUGGGCCCCCGACUUUCCUACGGCGAGGAGCCGUCUGAGCCCCGGGUGAUAUCAAGGGCUGGAGCCUGGAGAAACGUGAUGAAAGAUGAUGAGUGUUCUGGAGUCUGAACGUACCGCGGGGUGUUGCUGUAAUUGGGGAAUUUGUAACUGCUUUAAGUCAAUGUCAGUUGAGAAUGUGCUCUGUACGAGCGGGUUGUGAGCUUUGAAUCUCCUUGAUUUGCGGAAGUCUUGUCAACGACGUUUUUAUCUAAUGCGUACCGGCUGUAUAUUUUGGCUGUAUAUUUUGCGUGAGGAUUUGGCGGGCUGGCGCGUUUCUAUUUAUUACUGCUUUUUACUCUUGUAUUCCUGAUGAACGAGAUUUAUGGAAGUCGUGACAUUUUUUGUUUUACGUCACCGGGGCAUUUCACUCAAUUUUGUUGCUACCGCGCUGGCAUUUUUGGCGACUCCAGUGAAAGGGCUUCACAGGCAGGGUUUUGGUGCGUUGUCAGUUUUGUACUGGGUUGAAUUGAUCUCGCGGGCCCCGUCUCCGGGCGCCUGUGCCUGCUGGUGCGUCGCCGUUCGAGGCUCCGACUGUGCUGCUGACAUCUGUUAGGGCUGUUUGACAGAUAAUGGUAUAAUUGGGAGACUGGAUUGAGCUUACGGGCCAGGAGAGUAUCUCCGAAGAGAUGGUUGCUGUAUAAAUUGUGCUGUUAGAGAGCUGCUACUGCAUGUUUUUGUAUAUUUUUAUGAAUCGCCAGUUCCGUUUUUUUUACACGCAUUAUGUCCACCGAGUCAACCAAGGUUUUACCAUGCGGAGCAUCGUGAGAUUAGCUUUUUUACAUAAAUAAACUCGCAUAAUGAG